AUGAGAAGCAACAUUAGUAGUACAAUAUCAAUAUUGAAAAAUUCUAACUAUGUAAUAGAAGAAGCCAUCGACUGCAGUGGACGCUGUGCCUGUUGCAUUGACGAAGAAUUUGGGUGUGGAACAUCGCCAGGUAUACACGGAGAUACAAGUUGUUUAAAAGGAAGUGUCGAUACCAUUUAUGGACAUAGAUGUAAAAAUCCUUGUAGAAGCAAUUGUUUGAAAUGUACUCAAGACAUAGGUGAAUGUUUUGCCUGCAAACCUGGAUUUUAUGGCAAUCUAACCAACUGUGUUGAUUCUUGUUCAAUUCGAUGUAUUGAUGGCACAUGUGAGAACGACGGUAGAUGUACAUGCAUACAAAACUUUGAAGGUAACAAAUGUGACACAUGCGUUCAGGGGCGAUAUGGAGAUAACUGUGAGCACACUUGUUCUAUAGGCUGCAUUGGCAACACCUGCAAUAGGAAUGGUAGCUGCAGCUGUCUUCACAACUUUAACGGGCAAAACUGCGACGUAUGUGCAGCUAAUUAUGAGGGAAGUGCAUGUGAAAGUUGUGAUGAUGGCUUUUAUGGAAAAUACUGCUCAAAGUCAUGUAUUCUGGUAGAUUCUAAUUGUCUUAAAUGCAAACGGGAUGACGAGUACUGUAUGAAAUGCAAGAAUGGAUAUUUCUCAAGUAAUGGAAACUGUGUCGAAUGUGGAAUAAAUUGUUUAGAAAGGAAAUGCGACCCUACCAAUGGUCGUUGUACCCUGGGAUGCAAGGCAGGAUUUUGGUCUGACAUAUGCGAUGCAAACUGUAAUCUUAACUGUUCCUCGUGUGGCCAGUUCUCAAGUGUUUGUUUGCAAUGCACUACCGAUGUUGCUUAUGGACCUUUCUGCAAUAUGUCGUGUAACUCUUCCUUUGUCCAGUCACGUUGCCAUUCGGUAACCGGAACAUGCACACAUGGAUGCAUUUUCAAUCGGCAUGGAAGUUAUUGUGAAAAGGAAUGUUCGGACAAUUGUGAACAGAAUGACGGGCAAUCACCAUGCAAUAGUAGGGGGUUUGCAUAAAUGGCUGUGUUGGCGGAUAUAUAGGGACUUUUUGUAAUACAGAUAAAAAAACGACCCGAGGGCACGCACUGUUUCCGGCACCACAUCUUGCCCGAGGGUUGGAUUAAUCAAGCCGGACCGCACAUGCGUGAAUCGAGUUUUUGACGAGUAUUUAAUUAAAUCGUGUAUUUAACACCUUGCAAAACUAGUUAUUGAUUGCACUUUCUUGAUAUGACAUUGUGUUAUGUUCAUAACAAUACAGAAUUCAAUAUAAAUAAAUAAACGACGUGUUGUUGCGCUUGAUUUAUCUGGCACGUAGUGGAAUUUUCUAGCACGGUUAAGUUAAACUCAGUACUAAUUUAUACAUUUAAAGGCGUAAAAGUUGUUUUACAGCUAAUUCGUAAAACACCUAAAAGUAAUUUAUUAAGGGACCUAAAAAUACAUAAACACACCUGUUAUGUUACUUAGUGUUACAUAUUGAUGACGAAAAUCUUAUUUUAGAUGGACGAAUUUACAUCACUUCAUCCACAAAUACUGCACUCGCAGCUUUAGUGGGAUUGUUUGCUACUUUGUUCAUGUGUACAGCUGCAGGUUGCUACCUGUGGAACAGACGAAGGUCUAAACCAAAAG